UCGGCAGGCUUCGGACACAUCAGCGUAGGCUACUUGGCCAGCAACUUCGUCUCGCCCACCACAACGUCCUACUUCCAAUCCCUGCUGCGCAACGACACGGGCGACUACCUCGCCGGCGUAGCCACCUGGGCCGACUCGGUCCGCUACACCAAGUGGGGUAGGUUCACGUCGGACUUCCACUUCAUUGACGCCAAGGACGACCCGCCCUCGUACUGCGGCGUCGACUUCGACCGCGACUGCAAGAAGGACAGGGGCUGCGUCGUCAGUGCCCUGGCGAACUACACCGCACGGCUACUGGACACGGACCUGAGCGAGUGGGAGCGCGCCAUCGCUGCCAAGUUCGUCGUGCACUUCGUGGGGGAUAUCCACCAGCCUCUGCACACGGAGAAUGUGGCGAGGGGCGGGAAUGGAAUCCAUGUGCUGUUCGACGGCGUGAAGCUCAACCUGCACCAUGUGUGGGACACAAGUAUCGUGGAGAAGUUGGUGGGCGGGACGCAUAGGCGGAAGACGUACGAGGAGGCCAAGCGCUGGACGGACGAGCUCACCUUGGAAAUCAACGAGGGCAAAUACGCCUCGGAUAGGAUUGACUGGCUGAGGGCGGCCAACCUGUCGGAUCCGACCUCGACUGCCAUGGCGUGGGCCAACGAGGGGAAUGCCUAUGUUUGCACACAUGUGUUGCCUGAGGGCCCGAAAGCUAUCGAAGGCCAGGAAUUGGGGUCGGAGUAUUAUGAAGACGCCGCUCCGGUGAUCGAGCUGCAGAUUGCGAGGGCGGGAUACCGUCUGGCUGCAUGGCUGGACCUGAUCGUCUCGGCCAUCAAUACUCAGGACUCGCCAGGCGAUCUGUAGAUUGCAUGUCGAAGUACUGGAGAUCAAAAGCUUAUAGAGGGGAUCCCUCCCCGCAGGAUGGUAGUUGAGCGGCAUGUGUAAGCCCAUGAGAGGCGUUGGGGUCGUCAACAGGAACCGUCCAGAAAAGAUCACAACGAAAACCGCGCAGGUGGCAGAAGGUUCGGGUGGUGGCAGAUACGAGGCUUCCUGCCAAGGUGACACAACGGCUUAUGUGUGAUCUUCCCGCCGAGGUCGCGGAUCAUGGUGCGACGGCGCACUCUAUGGGCGGCCGUAGCUCGAAUCGAGCGUGCUUGCAAAGACUCGUGGGUCGUUUUGACGAUUCUUCGAAGACGGCCUACGGUAACUUCGGC